CUCCACUCGAAACACAAUCACCGUAAUGGCCAUAUUCACACAGUGAACUAUGUCUUGGUCACCAUGAGCAGAACAGCUGAAGACAAAGGUACCCGUUUAAUAUUAGUAGUAAUCCAUCUCCCCUCCCGACUCCUCUUCCGAAUACGAUCUGCAAACUGCAACAGACCAUACGAGCGAACGACACAGAAACAUAACGACAUGAAUCCGAGACUUCACCACGACCGAGACCAAACCUUAGCUUUCCCCGGCUUCCUUCCAUUGUCCGAAGAAGCGGUACAGCCCCUGGAUAUGACGAGGCGAGACGCCAAUCAUUUGGAGACUCCGGCCAUAUCCGGUGGUAACAAUGUCCCUGGCGUCUCCCUAGCGAGCUCUAUUAUCCUAUGCCUCGCCACUAGUAUUCUAAGGAUCAUGCUCUCGAUCUCCAUUCUCAUUGUUCACGUUCUCACGAUGCCUGCCAAAAUGUGCGCCUGGUGCAGGACUCGUAAUCAUCAUGGCCAGGAUCAUCGCAGCGAUCAUACCUCGGGCAGAUCACGAAUCCACGGCGGCUUAAGGCGCAAGCCAAAGCGAGCACAUGCAGCCGUAAGUACUGGUGCUCUUGAACAGUUGACCCAGCUAGUAAGUCUGCUGGAUCUGAACGUGAUCAGCGUUCAGGACUUGGCUGACCAGCCCAGCCACCUCAGCAUAAGCCGUAAGGCCAGAAACGCCAAUAUCAGAGUUGACACUCUGUCCGACCUCGUACGUCAGCUGGACCUGAACAAGAUCAGUCUUCAGGACUUGACUGAUGAGCUCAGCCGCCUCCAGGUAAGGUGGCGUGGAACAGAAACUUCAGGAAGUGCCGGGAUCAGCUCUGUAAAAGAGCCCACGCCGAACGCCCAGAACAGGGAGCGAGAGAAAAGCGGCACGGACAUGCUAGCCCUGAGCGACCGUAUCGAACUGCUAGUUCUUAGCGCCACGGGUACUAGUAUCGAGGACUUGGCGGAGGAGGUGAGCGGCCUUGAUAUUGACAGUAUGUGGAGUUGCCUUCGGAAACUCUCAGAUGCCUUGGACCAGCUCAAGCUGGAAGGGUCUUCUUGAGACUGGCUUAGUUUUAGCUGCCCGUGAGGGGAAAGAGAUGAGG